AUGACGACCAUCCUCGGCCACAAGAUCAAUGCGGUCGGCUUUGGCCUCAUGGGCUUGACCCGGCCAGAAGCCCCGAUACCUCAGGACGACGCCUUUGCCGCCAUGGACGCCGCGUUCGCGCACGGCGCCAACUACUGGAACGGCGGCGAGUUCUACGGCACGCCGGAGUACAACAGCCUGCACCUCCUCAAUGCGUAUUUCACCAAGUACCCCGAGAAGGCGUCGCAGAUCGUGCUCGCCGUCAAGGGCGGCCGCGUGCCGGGCACGUUGAUCUUCGACGGCAGCGAAGCCGGAGUCCGCCGGUCGGUCGACGAGUGCGUCCGCGUGCUGGACGGCAAGAAAGACCUCGACAUCUUCGAAUGUGCCCGGGUCGAUCCAAACACACCCAUUGAAGAGACGAUACGGGUGCUGGGGCUUUUGGUGAAAGAGGGCAAAAUCAAGGGCAUCGGUCUGAGCGAAGUCAAGGAGGAGACCAUCCGCCGCGCGGCCAAGGUCCACCCCAUCACGCAGGUCGAGGUCGAGCUGUCGCUGUGGUCACGCGACAUCCUGUACAACGGGGUCGCCAAAACAUGCGCCGAACUCGACAUCCCCAUCAUCGCCUACGCGCCGUUGAGUCGGGGCGGCCUCACCACGCAGGUGCUGGGGGACACCAGAGAUCUGCCGGCGCAUCUCGCGAGAUAUCCCAGAUUCCGAGGAGACGCCCUGGCAGCCAACAGGGAGAUGACCAAGGAGGUGCACGAGAUGGCCAAGAAGAAGGGCUGCACGGUGCCACAGAUCGCCAUCGGCUGGGUGCGCGCCCAGAGUGGCCGGAAUGGCAACGGCGUCAUCAUCCCCAUCCCCGGAGCGGAGAGGCCCGAGUGGGUGACCGAGAAUUGUACAGAGAUCGAGCUGACCGAGGAGGAUUUGCAGAAGCUGGACCAGGUCUUGGAGCGGAUUCCCAUCCAGGGUGGAAGAUAUGCUGAGGCCGAGGCCAGGUUGAGCGAAGGGUGA